UGCCUUUUGCGCUUGCACUUGCCCGCGGACGAGUGGCGUUUCUCUCCACGCACUUCAGUGCAGUCCUGCGUGCCGUGCACCAAGUGACCAAAUGCUGGAUUCUGCUCGUCUGGUCGGGUGUGCUUCUUGUUCGUGCUACCCUGUUGCCCGUCUGUGAGCAGUUAUCGAUUUUACAAUGCCCUCUCGUGUAUAGUCAGCAGAGGCUUGCAGCUUCACGCUGGCUUCGCUGACUUUUUUCCAAACCCCAAACGGUCAUUGAGCUGCACCCAGUGUGCAUUUUCGUACCAUUGCAAGUGCAAAUCGAGCUCUAGCAGCACGUCAGGUAGUCACCACUCGCCAUGGCCGAAAAUCAACUUUCGAUCACUGAGGAUUCCGAGGAUGCUCUGUUAGGCAGUGUUGGGAGCGAAGAUGACCUGGCCGCUGACUGCGAGUCGCCACAAGGCGUUCAUAAGCGAGGAACUCUGUCCAAAUGGACAAAUUUCUUCCAUGGCUGGCAGAAUCGCUACGUCGUGCUUAGCAAUGGAACGUUGUCUUACUAUCGAUCAGAGUUCGACACGACGUUCGGCUGCAGAGGUUCAAUGAGUCUGGGAAUGGCACGGAUUGAGGCGCAUGAGUAUGAUCCACUCCGCUUCGACGUCGCCGUCAACGAUUCCGUGUACUAUUUGCGGUGUGGCACGCUGGAGGAACGCCAAGAAUGGCUGGAGCUGGUGAAACAAGCUAAAUUGAUCAAGCAAGCCGAUCAAGGCUACAGCAGCGAUGGAACCAGCCUCAACAGCUUACAGCGUGCACCAUCACUCAUGUCUGUCAACUCAGUCAUGUCUGUUGCCUCAAAUACUUCCAAGUCGACAGCGACCCAGACGAGCAGCAACCGCCUCAAAGAGAAGAUGCUGGAAAUGGAGACGUUCCGGGACAUUCUCAACCGCCAGGUGGACACGAUGCAGGGCUUCUUCGACCAGUGCAGUGCCACGGCGACAUCAGCGGAGCAGCUGGACGAGGACAAUGACGAGGACUGCAGGAAGGCAGUGAGAAACCUGAAGCAGCUCUCGGAGAAGGGCAUUGACUUCCGCGGCGAGUCCAUCACGUUCCGGGCAACGCUGCAAGGUUUACUGUCGACCAUAUCAUACUGCAAUGAUCUGAUCACGCGACGUGACGAGACCAUGAAGAAGCGACUGGAGCGUGAAAUCGAGCGACGGCGCAAGGCCGAGCAGUCGGUCAAAUCGCGACGCACCGCGGCAUCGUCGACGUCGGCCGCUGCUUCUGCUGCCGGUGGCCGUAUGAUGGGAGGACCGGACUUUGAAGAGGGCCCGUACUGCGCCAUGAAGGAAGACGACUUCCUGGACGCCAUCGAGAACGAGUGCGAUCGCAUGGACCAGGAGGAGGAAGAGGCGGAGCGUCGAGCACAAUCGCUGAACAGUCUCGACGACCAGUCCGACUCGCUCAGCCAGGAUACAACGCAGAACCCGGCCAUGCAGGAACUGGAGGUGAAGCUGAGUGAGACGCUUCGCUAUUGCUACGAGGACGUUGGUUCCGGCUGGACAGCAGUACAUGAGGAUGGCGAUAUGAAGGUAUACCGUCGUGAUCUUGAAGAGGGUGGAGUGGUGCUGGAUCCGCUGAAGGCCAUCCACACCGUCCCGGGGGUCACUGCGUACGAGCUGACACAUUACUUCUUCGAUGAGAAGUAUCGCUUGCAAUGGGAAGGCACGCUGGACUCGUUCAGUGUUUUGGAACGGCUCAGCCCCAACACACUCAUCAUGCACCAGGUGCACAAACGCGUAUGGCCCUCGUCGCAGCGCGACGUCGUCUUCGUCUCGCACAAGCGCGAGCUGCCGCAGCGCUGUGCCAUCAAGGAGCGCGGCAAGGCCUACGUCGUGUGCAAUUGCUCGACGGAGCACGAAAAGGACCCGAAUACGAACGGCAAGUUCAUCCGUGCCAAGGCGAACAUCUUCAUGUUGGCGCACACACUAUGCACGGCUGCACCCGGUGAAGAAAUCGACCGCAGCCACAUCACCUGCCAGAUCACCUACUCGGCGAAUGUGAAUCCCGGCGGAUGGGCACCGCCAUCCGUAGUUCGUGCCGUGUCCAAACGCGAGUAUCCCAAGUUCCUACGGCGCUUCUCUCAGUUCGUUGUCAAGCAGACCCAAGACUGCGAGAUUGAGUUUGGGCCAGAGAAACCCGAUGAGCUGGACACAAUGUCGGCAGGUGACCUGGAUUUGUCCUCGUCGUCCGAUUCCGGCGAAUAGAGGGUCGCCUAGACUAGUUUCAGCCAGCGGUUUGUGAUCUCGUUUCUUGGACUCUUUCGAUGGUUGGUGAUCCUGAAGCACUCCGCUUGCACUUUGUAAUCGACUAUGCCCAUGGUCUGGCAUAUGACGUAAUCAGAGUAGUCACGAUGUCACGGUUGUGCUGUUGCACGACGUCAUGCAGAAGCCAUCACCUGCAUAGUUUCGUAGCGCCCCUGUCUACUCUGCAGCUGCAACUCUCUGGCGUUCCGUGACAGCUUAGUCAACGGACAAACGCCUGCGCCGAAAAUUAGAAUUUGAACUUUGAUGAAAAGCAUGUGUUGUGCAACUUGUCCCUAGGUCGUGCAAACGCGCACUAUAGGUGUCCGAUGAUUGAGAGCAUGUAUGACUAGCAUAAUAUCACAUGUGUUGUUUUCUUUUUCUUUCUUUUAUUAUUUUCACAAUUCCACAGUUCUCCCAGCACCCGUGUCCGUAAUACACUGGCCCAGUUUGAAGCUAUACUCACUCGGUUGAACACACACUUAGCACUUUAACCUCUCCUGUCUCCUUCCAAGCAUAUCCACGUCAAGCACCGUGUACGCCACUAACACAACUGCACAUAGCCCACGUUUCCCUCUGUUUGAGUUUGCUUGAACAGCCCUCGACAACUCGCACAUAUCGCCUAAAGCUAGCUUUAAAUUUUUCCGGUCGCCACCCAUGCACAGCGACAGCUUCCAGCAGGUGUGCUUAUGUUGUCACCGAUCUAUGCGCUCCAGAGAUACAGAUAAAUAUAUCCAAGCACUCGUGCACACGCACACUCAGACACACGCACACACACACACACACACACACACGCACUUCUCAAGGCACCGGCUGCCUUUCUAACUUAAUCCCCUAUGCUCCAAGAUAUGCUCGCAAAAGCUACUUUCUGCUGUUUCCUAUGUUGCACACUAAUAGGGUGCCUUUUGUCAUCAACAUCAUCAAAUUUCUAGGUGUUUUCUCAGUAAAUCUAUUUUCUGUGCAUUUGAAUACAUGUCCAGUGCAACGAGCAGUGGACACUGUUUCCUA